AUGGCAGGCGACGGAAUCCAAUACACCCCUCCUCCCUCGCCGCCCUCGCCGACGGCGUCGUACUACGACGUCAGUGACGAUGAGGAGGAUGAAUACAACACCAUUUCUCAUUCUACCUCACGCAGAGGCGUCAAGCUUCUGUUUUCUAAGAGCAAGGUCUACGUGCAUCCAACUCCUUCCUCGAAAGAUAACAUCCCCGGAUUUAUUGCCCUCGUCCAACAAAAGCCCCUCCCCCCUCUUAGAGAUACUACUUCCGGAAACUCCUCCUCGGACAUCUCUUCCUACCUUCUAGCAUGGGUACCCGAAUCUUCCUUGGGUGAUGCCUACAGUACCUAUGUUAAAGUCGACCUAUCCGACGGUUCUUCCCCUCCGCGACAGAAAUACCUGGUGCCCGCUCUUCCGACGACGACAACCUAUAAGGACCCGAUCGGGCUCUACGCGUUCGCAGUUCCUCUGUCUGAAAUUUAUUCACUCCUUGUGCGACCUCCAAGUCUGGGGUGGUGGUUUGGGAGUCUUGUGAUCAACACUCGCGCAGGCGACAGCUUCCCCGCGCUGUUCUUCCAUGACACGGAGUGCGAGUCGACGAUACUGCAGAAGAAGAAGCGAACCAGGGAGAGUUUUGAUCCCUUCGGUGAGGAUGGAAAUGUCUUCUGGGGCGGGGAUGAAGUUCUGCGAUGGCUUCGGAAAUAUGCUGAGGUCCAGCGCUCGGCCGUGGACAAUAGUGUAUAUCUGAUCAACCCAUCGGAUGAGGAUCGCAUAUCAUUUGGACGGCCUCUAACUGCAGAUGGCUCAACUGUCAAGGCUCAAGAUCAACCGGCUGCCGUUGCUCAGGCCAGCGGAAGCGGCCAACAAGAUGCUGGGAUGGACCCCUUUGUGAAAGCACUCAAGGAGACAAGGUGGAAGGUCCUUGAGCAGCUGAGCAAAAUCACAACCUUCACAAGGCGCACGGCUAACGAGUUAGCUGACAACCCUCGGAUACCCCCACAAGUCCGCCGUCUUAUGAAGACACCUGAGAUUCAGACUUUACAGGACGAGUUUGAUAGCGCCAGGUUAUACCUAGCACGGUGGGCCAUGAGCAUAUCAGAGCAAAGUGAACGCGAAAGAAACCAACGUAUAUUUACUGCACAAGAUGUUCUUAACAUGGAGAAUAGUUCUGUUGGGGAUUUCGAAAUCCUUGAUCUUGAGACAGGUACCAUGUCUAUCCAGGACCGUCGGAAGAUACUCACUUUGAAAGAGUGGGAGGGUUUCUUCGACCCGAGUACUGGACGGCUACAUGUAACCGUUGACGAAGUCAAGGAAAGGAUAUUCCAUGGCGGAUUGGAUCCGAAUGAUGGCGUCAGGAAAGAGGCAUGGCUCUUCCUUCUAGGGGUAUAUCCGUGGGAUAGUAGCCAUGAGGAACGGCAAGCAUUGAUGAACUCGAAGCGGGAUGAGUACAUCCGGCUUAAGGGCGCCUGGUGGGAACGGAUGAUUGAAGGCACGUCUUCGGCGGAAGAGUAUGACUGGUGGAAAGAGCAAAGAAACAGAAUAGAGAAGGAUGUUCACCGCACAGAUCGUACGAUACCCCUGUUUGCAGGGGAAGAUAUCCCCCACCCAGACCCGGAUUCGCCCUUUGCGGAUACAGGCACGAACGUGCACCUCGAACAGAUGAAAGAUAUGUUGCUCACGUACAACGAAUACAACCCCGAUCUGGGCUAUGUGCAAGGCAUGAGUGAUCUUCUGGCCCCGAUCUAUGCUGUCAUGCAGGAUGAUGCAGUUGCAUUCUGGGCAUUUGUUGGCUUCAUGGAUAGAAUGGAACGGAACUUCCUCCGCGAUCAAUCUGGCAUGCGUGUGCAACUUCUCACUCUAGACCACCUUGUUCAACUCAUGGAUCCUCAGCUCUAUCUCCAUCUCCAAUCCGCUGACAGCACAAACUUUUUCUUCUUCUUCCGGAUGCUCUUGGUCUGGUACAAGCGCGAAUUUGAAUGGCCAGACGUCUUACGUCUCUGGGAAACAUUAUGGACCGAUUACCUUUCCAGCAGCUUCCACCUUUUCAUCGCACUUGCAAUCCUCGAAAAGCACCGGGAUGUCAUAAUGGAUCACCUGAAGCAGUUUGACGAAGUUUUGAAGUACAUCAACGAACUCUCCAAUACAAUGGAACUCGUUCCGAUCCUCACACGCGCCGAAUCACUAUUCCACCGCUUCGAACGAGCCGUCCAGGCCAUCGACAAGAAAAACAACUUCCCUGCACCUGCCGCCCAUCAACGGAAGCCCACACAAGACUCCUCCGCUAGCACAAACAAUAAAGGCAAAUCACCCCAACGACCCCAAAAUACUGCCUUCAGCAGUGGCGUCAGUGCCGGUCCCAGUUCAGCACCUGACAGUGAAGGAGAAACAAAGGUGGUCUCCCCGGAACUGAGGGAACUUUUUCACAAGGACAUUCCAUGGGCACGUAAAUCGCCUCCGAAACAGCAGCAGCAGAAGCAGCAGGAAGAGCCUGCGAAAGGAGAGUCGUCAUCGUAG